AUGAUAUAUUUUCUUCCAGGUGUUUGUCCACUAACCAAUGAAGUAUGCAUCAGCCCUCGACCAUGUCGUGAUGUGCUCUCAUUAAUGUACUCAUGCGGAAUGUAUGACUACAGUGGCCAGUUUGCGUUUGGGGUUGGUUUGCCAGCAAAAUCUGGUGCUUCCGGAGCAAUGAUUGUUGUGGUACCAAAUUUGAUGGGCAUCUGCAUGUGGUCACCGCCUUUGGAUCAUAUGGGCAAUAGUAUUCGUGGCGUUAACUUUUGCCAGAAGCUCAUUGAUACAUUCAAUUUCCACAACUACGACAGCCUGUUGCACGCGGACACUAAGAAAAUAGAUCCGCGAAAGCGUGGCGUGCCUCAUGAGUCCGAACUGAUCGUGGAAAUGAUGUUCGCAACAAAGAAAGGCGAUAUUGAUAGCGUUCGAAGGUGA